AUGAUUGGAUGUGUGAUGUGUUCGCCAGGUUGUUUCUCCCUCUUCAGAAGCUACGCUUUGAUGGACGACAAUGUAACGAGAAGAUACGCAUCAAAGUCAGAAGAACCAUUGGACUAUAUUCAGUAUGAUCAGGGAGAAGACAGAUGGCUGUGUACCCUUCUUCUUCAGAGGGGCUACAGGUACUCUCUCUCUGAUCAGUCGAAGGCUUUAACGAGUAUCUUCAAUCCGCGAGACGGUGGAUCCCAUCGCACUAUUGCAAACAUUAUCGAUCUGCUGAAGGACUACAAGAACGUCGUUAGAGUAAAUGAGAGCAUCUCCAUCUGGUAUAUCAUCUAUCAAACGGUAAUGUUAAUAUCGUCGAUCCUGGGACCGGGCACAAUCUUUUUGAUGGUGGUCGGAGCGAUUUCAAUCUCUUUCAAUAUCGACACCGGUUGGAGUCUGUUGAUUAUUUCUAUACCUGUCGUCACCUUUUGCAUCGUCUGUUUGACAGCCAAACCCGAAAAACAGCUACUAUUUGCUCAAAUCAUUGGAGCUCUAUUCGCAAUGCUGAUGACAGCAGUGUUCGUCGGAACCUCGCUCCAGAUUCAGAAAGACGGAAUCCUAUCCCCGCAUUCAAUUUUCCUGUUCUCUGUGUUUGGA